AUGGGUGCACACAAAUCGAAAGAAAAACUUACAACAACAUCAAACUCAACGGCGUCAUCCAAUAUUCGUCGAUCACGGCAACGUACGGCACAAAACUACCUUCUCGUAUGGGUAGAUGCUAGCAUCGAUGAAACAAACAAGGACUGCCAAGACACAUUGGCUCAAUUGAAGAAUGUGGUCAACGACGUUAACCUAUGCACGCAACCGGAUCAAUGCAUCCAAGUGCUCAAUCACUUUGAUCGUGAAAGAGCUUUUGUUAUAACAUCCGGCUCACUAGGUCAACAUUUGGUUCCUGAAAUUCAUGAUAUGCCACACUUAGAUGCCAUUUAUAUCUUCUGUGGUGACAAAUCUCGACAUCAAGAAUGGACACAAAACUGGACAAAAAUUAAAGGUGUUCAUACAAAUAUCAAAGAAAUUUGUCAGGCAUUGCAAUUGGCUGUUAAGCAAUGUGACCAGGAUUCAAUUGCCGUAAGUUUUCUUACUGUAAAUGAAAUGGCCUCAGCUGAUAAUUUGAAUCAGUUGGAGCCAACUUUUAUGUAUACACAAAUAUUCAAGGAAAUUCUCCUUGAUAUCGACUAUGAUCGCAAAGCAAUCAGAUACUUAGCAGCCUGUUGUCGCGAAAUUUUUAGUGGCAAUACAAUUGAAUUACAAGUGAUUAAUGAAUUCGAACGUGACUAUGAUCCACAACAAGCAAUAUGGUGGUAUACACGUGAGUGUUUUACUUACAAAAUGCUCAAUCAAGCAGUUCGAACAUUGGAUGCCGAUAUAAUCAUUAAUAUGGGCUUCUUUCUACGUGAUGUACAUCAAAAAAUUCAACAAUUGUACAAACAACAGGUCAGCACUUAUGAACGAAAACCUUUUUUACUUUAUCGAGGACAAGGUCUUAUGAAAUCAGACUUUGAAAAACUUCAGAAAACAAAAGGUGGACUUAUUUCAUUUAACAAUUUCUUAUCUACCAGUAAAACAAAAGAUGUAUCCCUUGGUUUUGCUCAAGGUGCUUCAGCACAACCAAAUAAGGUGGGUAUUCUUUUUAUAAUGUGCAUUGAUCCUUGUAUUAAAUCAACACCGUUUGCUUCCAUCAAAGAAGAGAGUUAUUUUAAAGAAGAAGAAGAAAUUCUCUUCUCAAUGCACACCGUGUUUCGAGUGAUUGCAAUUGAACAAAUGGACAAUAAGAAUCAACUUUAUCAAGUUGAAUUACAACUAACGUCGGAUGAUGAUCAGCAAUUACGAUUACUUACUGAUCGGAUACGAAAGGAAGGUGAUGGUACUGGAUGGCAAAGAGUGGGUAAAUUAUUGCUUGAAAUUGGUCAAUUUAAUAAAGCUGAAGAACUUUAUAACGUAUUACUCGAACAGACAUCUAGUGAAGGUGAAAAAGCGCAUUAUUAUGUUAGUCUGGGAAUUGUCCAAUACCAGAAGGGUGAUUAUGAAAAGUCUAUUUGGUAUUACGAACAAGCACUUCAAAUCGAACAAAAAACUCUUCCUUCAAAUCAUCCAAAUUUGGCUAGUUCAUACAACAACAUCGGUAGUACGUAUGUCAAUAUGAGAGAGUACUCGAAAGCACUGUCAUAUUUCGAGAAAGCACUUGAAAUUAAACAAAAAACUCUUCCUUUAAAUCAGCCUAAGUUGGCUACUUCAUACAACAACAUCGGUAGUACGUAUUUCGACAUGGGAGAGUACUCGAAAGCACUUUCAUAUUUCGAGAAAGCACUUGAAAUUAAACGAAAAACUCUUCCUUCAAAUCAUCCUGAUUUGGCUACUUCAUACUACUGUAUAGGUUUAGUGUAUAACGACAUAGGAGAGCACUGGAAAGCACUUUCAUCUCACGAAGAAGCACUUAAAAUUCGUCAAAAAACUCUUCCUUCAAAUCAUCCUUUAUUGGCUACUUCAUAUACGAACCUCGGUAACGUAUAUAACAACAUGGGAGAGUACUCGAAAGCACUUUCAUAUUACGAACAAGGACUUGAAAUUCAAGAAAAAACUCUUCCUUCAAGUCAUCCUGAUUUGGCUACUUCAUACAACAACAUCGGCAUUGUGUAUGAGAAGAUGAAAGAGAACUCGAAAGCACUUUCAUUUUUCGAAAAAGCACUUGAAAUUGAACAGAAAACUCGUCCUUCGAAUCAUUCUGAGUUGGCUUCUCCAUACAACAAUAUCGCUAAGGUGUAUUAUAAUAUGAAAAACUAUUCGAAAGCACUAUCAUAUUAUGAACGUGCUCUGACCAUAUGGCAAGGUGCAUUACCUCCAAAUCAUCCUAAUAUUCAAAAUGUAAAAAAGAGUAUUGAAAUUGUAAAAGAAAUGAUAAAGAAUAGUUGA